AUGCAAUCCUGUCGCUCAUUGAAGAAUCAUCUACCACUUCUUUGGCUGGGACUCUCCGUCUCAGCACACGGUCUUUCUAUCCAUAGUCCAUCUGAUCGAGGACCACACGAACACCAACACUGGCUCGAAACUCGCCAAAUACAACUGCAGCCUUCGGAUGUAUCCCAGACGCAGCAGUCACCCCUGGUCAUUGACACCUUUCAAAGUGCUGUUCAUAACGACUUGGGAUUUUGGCACGGUACCGGCGAAGACUUGGCGAUUGAGCAUGAGCCCGGCGUCAUGCGUCUCUUCCCAUCGGAUCCAGAUCAAAAUUUCCACACGCAGCUCGAUUCCCACGCAUGCUUCAGCUUGAGUCCAUGGUCAAACCAAUUCUUGCAUGUCGUGUUCGACGGCAACGAGGAUUUCACAGUGUCGUUAAACGAACAUAAUGCAGAGUGCAAUCCGGCUCGGUCGCCGUUUCCCGGCACGGCAGAUAGCGUGCAAGCUUCACGAUAUCUCUUGAAACAGAAGACGCCCCCGGAGGAUGAUGAUGAUGAUGAUGACGAGGGAGAGAACAUGAACCAGUCACCACAGGCCACUCGAGCAACCCAGAGCCAGCAUGGUUCUUCGUCGAGAGUCCGUGGUGGUGAAUGUCAAUCGCGCGGCUCUGCACGCAAGGACACUGCGGAGUUGUUCAUUCCCUUGAAUCACUUCCGCGUCAAUCUCGAUAGAUUGAUCUCGGUCUCGUUCAGCGGGUUUUUCACUGAGGAACCAAUCGCACUUCAUCGUGUCGAGAUUGUGCCCAGCGUGCCGGCGCCUGUUGAAGAGAAUGGUCACUUCGCUCUUCCCGAAAAAUUGCCCACCGGCUCUUUAGUAUUACGGUGUAGUCGUCCCAAUUCCUUCGCGUUUGGAAUCGACGACGGACAGCCGCAGUUUGCGCAGGAGGUCAUGCGGAUUUUGGACGAGGAGAAUGUGCGAGCGACUUUCUUCGUGGUUGCCUCGGGCCUACGGGAUGAAUCCACGAAUUUUACCAACUUCUAUCGUGAGAUGUUGAGCAAAGGACAUCAGGUGGCCUUGCAUUCGAAUACGCAUCCAAAGAUUGAAGCACUACCAAGUAUGGAGGAGAUUGAUGACGAGAUCAUCCAGUCUAUUGAUGCCUUGCGAGAAGAGCUGCAAAUAAGUUCGAAAUACUUCCGACCACCCUUUGGUACCGUGGGAGCGCGUCUGCGCCAGCGGUUGGCCAAGUAUAUUGAAAAUCCGUACGUGGUGAACUGGAGCGUCGACGUGGAAGAUUGGCUGUGGGCCAAUUCGCCCACGCCCGAGCAUCAGCUCGAUGCCUUUUAUCGCGGCGUUGCUCGUGGCGGCAAUCUUGCCGUGAUGCAUUAUCUGCAUCCGACUACGGUGGCGUAUCUACGGCCGUUCAUCCAUUACGUGAAAAGUAAGGGUCUCAAAGUCAUGCGAGUGGACCAGUGCCUGGAGGAUCCUAGCAGUCCACCAUUGUGA